CUGUGCUGCCUCCUUCCGCUGCUGCCUUCUUCCCCACCUCCUUCGUCUGGCCGACUUCUUCGCUGGUCCGGGGACUGGCGGCGGCGAUAUGGAGCUUGGGGUGGGCGGCCGAAGCGCUGUUCGCGGACACGGCGCUGGACCCCUGAGCAUUCCUCCGCUCCGGGUACAGGAACGGAAGCUGGAGCAGGAGAAGCUGUCCGGGGUGGUGAAGAGCGUCCACCGGCGGCUCCGCAAGAAGUACCGGGAAGUGGGAGAUUUUGAUAAGAUCUGGCGAGAACAUUGCGAGGAUGAGGAAACACUUUGUGAAUAUGCUGUUGCAAUGAAAAAUUUGGCAGAUAAUCAUUGGGCAAAAAGUUGUGAAGGUGAAGGUCGUAUUGAAUGGUGUUGUAGUAUUUGCAGAGAAUAUUUCCAAAAUGGUGGAAAGAGAAAAGCGCUUGAAAAAGAUAAAAAAAGAGCUGUACUUGCCACUAAGACCACUCCAGCCUUAAAUACACAUGAACGGUCUAAACUUGAAGGUCAUUUAACCAACCUCAACUUUACAAAUUCUGAAAUUAUAACUGAGUUGCUACAAACCUCAGGAAAGAUCAGAUUACUUGAUGUUGGCAGCUGCUUUAACCCAUUCAUGAAGUUUGAAGAAUUUCUAACAGUUGGCAUAGACAUUGUACCUGCUGUAGAGAGUGUAUAUAAAUGUGACUUCCUGAACUUGCAGCUUCAGCAACCUCUCCAGCUUGCACAGGAUGCUAUAGAUGCCUUUUUGAAGCAGCUGAAAAACCCUAUUGAUUCUCUUCCUGGAGAACUUUUCCAUGUGGUUGUUUUCUCUCUCCUUCUUUCUUAUUUUCCGUCACCUUACCAGAGAUGGAUUUGCUGCAAGAAAGCACAUGAACUGUUAGUGUUAAAUGGUUUAUUGCUUAUCAUCACACCUGAUUCCUCCCAUCAGAAUCGUCAUGCUAUGAUGAUGAAAAGCUGGAAGAUUGCUAUAGAGUCCCUAGGCUUUAAACGUUUCAAGUAUUCAAAAUUUUCACAUAUGCAUCUGAUGGCAUUUAGAAAAAUAUCCCUAAAAACUACAAGUGACUUGGUAAGUAGGAACUACCCUGGGAUGUUAUAUAUUCCUCAAGAUUUCAACAGUAUAGAAGAUGAGGAAUAUGCUAACCCUUCCUGCUAUGUUCGAUCAGAUAUAGAAGAUGAACAACUGGCAUAUGGUUUUUCAGAGCUCCCUGAUGCUCCAUACGAUUCAGAUUCUGGAGAAAGUCAAGCCAGCUCUGUUCCUUUCUAUGAGCUAGAAGAUCCCGUAUUACUUUUAAGUUAAUAUAAAAACAAAAACCUUUUCAGUCCAGACUCCUAAACUAGUUACUUAUGUUAAAUCAGAAAUACUAAUGUGAUACUUUAAACCUGAUUUGCAUAUAAAUGCAAAGGUUGACAGAGUUUGCUAUUUUUUUCUACUUCUGGAUUUUAAAUUUUAUUCUUACAUAGAAAUCGUAGUUUCAUGCAGAGUGACUCCUGUCAUAGCAGAAACCACUGUUACAUUAGCAUUUAGCACUCAGAUAUCAUAGAAAGAUACCUUUUUUCUUUAGUAUUGUGAAAAAUGAAGCAUAAUUUGCUAUGUAGUUUUCUUUUUUUCAUCUUUUCAGUGUUGACUUUAAACCAUUGCAGUGAGAAACUUAAAGAUAUGUAGAAAGCUGUAGAUUUCACUUUGAUUGUUAACUAGUUAAAUGUAUCACAGAGAUAGAUUGAUGUAGCUGUUUUAUGAUGCACUUGUUCUUUUUUCUAACUAAAUUGUUACCUGUUACAGAAAGCCAUUUUCUGUUGAGUUUUAUCUGCUGAUCUAAUAUUUCCUGAACUUUUUGGUAUUGAUGGUAAUUUUUUCCUUGUUCUUGCUCAUUUGGCAACAUCAGACAUUGGGGGAGAGAUUUCCCCAAAAGUAUGUAUUGUAAUUUGAUUAGCACACUACAAAAACCAC